AUGUCGAGCCAGCAAGGAUCUCACACUGCAGAUGCUGACAUCCCGAACAAGGCCCAGCAAGAGGCGCCUCAGGGGCUCAAAGAGAACAUGAAAGACGCACGAGCCCCCGGUGACCUUGCUGGCGUUGAGGGGAAAAGCACAGACAAUACUGCGGCAGACGCCAAUCCUGAGACUGCCCGGAGCCAUGCUAAGAACGGAGGCCAGGCUUCCAUCGUCCCCCAAAAGAUCCAAGAGAAGCUGCCUGAGAGCAUCGAGCGCGCUGUGCCAAAUACGAUUCACGACACCGGUAGCAAGUAG